AUUGAUUACUCAUCACCACCAGUCAGUCGCUCGUUGAACGGUCUCGCUGAACGUUUAAACACCCUCAAUCCGCGUGUGUCACCGGUCUGUUUCGCCAAGGGCGUACGCGUACGAGUUUGUUUCACCGAAUUCGAAUUGGAAACUGGCUGCGUUGUAGCGCCACUGACUGCUACACUUCCAGAAGUGCUACCAGAAGCGUAAGAGUGAAAGAGAGAGAGCAAAAAACAGGUAGUUCCUUCCAGCGAUCAGUGUGAAAAAUAUGAAUUCCAACGCCGUCGCACUGCUGCUGUUCGUGGCAUUGGCCGUCUGCAUCGGGGACAGUGCCGAAAUUCCGCCCCUACCGGUACAGGACGACCAAACGGCCGGCGCAUCGUCAGCGGAACCGGAAGAAUCUUAUCUAGGGGUAAAGCUGUACAAAAUGGAGCGACCGUGCGCAAUGCUGGGUGGGAUGUGCGUGCAGACGAGCGAGUGCAAGCAGCGGCCAGCCAACAGUGGACUGUGUCCGGAAAAUACCCACCUGGGCGUUGAUUGCUGCUACGAAGUAAAACCCGCGAGUAACCUCACCUGCCACGAGUACCGCGGCGCUUGCAUGGAGCGAUGCGCCGAAGAGCUACAGCGCCCGUCCACCGAUUGUACCGAUGGGAGCAAGUGCUGCGUGCUGGUCGCAUAAGCCUUUUGUUGUUUGCUGUAAACCAUAGAAUGGUUCGUAUUUUUACUCGAUACCUCUCGAAAGAACAAUGAGAAAAGAAAGUGAAGUAUAAAAAAAUGGGACACCUCUCUUUUCGAGGUGGGUUUUCUGGUAAAAAUCGAACCAUUUCCAAAUCGUAUCUCGUUGACCUCGUAGAGCAGCAGCAAGCAUUGUUAGCAGUAAAUCAUAUCAAUCAGAAGCUAUUUAAAUAAACGAUUCGUAAGUAAAGCACAAUUUCAA